GCGGAGCCGGAGCUGCAGCCGGAGCGCAACGCUCCCAGCCCGGCCCCGGCAUCACAGCACCGCCCCGGGGAGGUUCCCCGCCGCCGCCGCUGUCGGGAGGUCUGCCCAUCUGCUCUGCCUGAGCGCCGCACGCAUGGUAGCCACCCGGGGCCACCAGGGAUGCAGUGAGGUGGCCAAAACACAAUGGCCCCAUCUCGCACCAACGGGUCACACUACGCACUGACAGCCAUCGGGAUGGGGAUGCUCAUCCUCGGCAUCAUCUUGGCUGUGUGGAACAUUGUGCCUGGCUUCGGACACCCCGAUAAACCCAACGCUGGGAAUAGCAGCAAGCCUGACCGCGGUGGUGGGGGCAUUUUUAAGAGCAAGACGUUUUCUGUGGCCUAUGUGCUGGUUGGGGCAGGUUUGCUGCUGCUGCUGCUGUCUCUCUGCUUGAAUGUCCGUGAUAAGAAGAGGCAGAGUGAGGAUAUCCCCAGGGUGGUGCAGCACCAAGCGUCCGUGGAGCCUUCACAGCAGGAGGAGGACAGCCAAGAAGAGGAUGAAGACGUGUCCUCCCGCUACUACGUCCCCAGCUACGAGGAGGUGAUGAAUGCAGGCUACGCAGAGCCUCACAACCCGGAGCAGAACCGCAGGAUCAGCGUCUCACUGCCCUCCUAUGAAUCACUGGCAGGGCUUGAUGAGGGCACACAGCCCACAGGAGCAGCCGGCGCAGAGCCUGGCACCGAGCGGCCGCCGGGCCGACACAACUCACGUCUCAGCAAGCGCCUGAAGCCCCUCAAGGUGCGGAGGAUCAAGUCAGAGAAGCUGCAUCUCAAGGACAUCAGGCUCAACCUCGGUGAUGGGAGCAGCACCGGCCCCAUCACAAUCGAGCCAUUGACCCCACCUCCAAAGUAUGAGGAUAUCCAGGAAAAAGCACCCGGAAGCCAACAGUUGACUUAGAAAGGAGGGGUUGGUCGUUGCACGGAUUGGAAACAUUCGGAGAGGGCUGGUCAUGGAGUGUGGGAGUGUUGGAUGCUCUCUGGAUGCUGAGGUACUGAUGUGGGGGAACUGCAGCAAUGCACGAAUAGGAGUGGGGCUUCCCAGGACAGCGUUGUGUCAAACACCAUGGGGAAAUGGUGAUGCUGUGAAGGAUGUGAAGGCUGGAAGAGUCAGACGUGUGUUCUGCGUUGUUUUAAGUUAAGGACCACCUAAUGUGUCUUCUCUCCUUUGUGCCUUGCCCCAGCAAUGGGUUUCCAAGCCACCAAAAUGCUAUUUAAUAAGAAUUUUCCAAGAGGAAAAAGGGAAAUGUUCUGUCUGUCUUUUUUUUUUUUUUUUUUUUUUUGUCUUUUCUUUUUGAGUAAGGCAAGUAAAAGUGUCAGGUUAGUGAUGUAGCUGUCACCACUCCGGACACCAGUGGGGUUGGGGAUAGUGGCACAGGGCUGGCCCAAGUGCCUGCGGAGUUGCAUGCUUGCUGGUGCGAAGAGGAAUGAAACAAGCCCUUAAGCUUGUCAGACCUAUAGGCUUUACCCAUAGGAGGUUUCUUACUGGCAUCACUGCCCAUUCUCCUGUAGGAGAGGACUGUAUUUCUUGCCUCAGUGGUUUUUUCUUUUGUGUGUUGUGCUGUGAAUCGAAGGGACAGUCCGUCUGGGGCUGGAAACUGCAAUAGUGUACAACUGCCAAGAGUUGUUCAGAGCGUUCUGGGUGACAUGACAAGACCGUGCAGUGCAAGCAGUCCUUUUCUAAAUAAAUAUUUUGUACGUGGGGUGCGUGUAUGUGUGUGCAUCUGUGUGUGUAGGAGGCCGUUCCCAUGGAUUGAAGGCCAGAGCUGUAUGAAAUCAGCCAACUGGUUAAGGGUGGAUGCUGCUUCUUGGGUAUCCCAAACACGUGCUACCUCCUGGGCAACAGCAUCUACAAAGUCAUGCUUUCCCCAGCCAAAUGUCCAUGCUGUGUUAUUGUUUGCAGGAUGCUGAUCUUGGUGUAGGUGUGGGGACGGUUGGCUUGGUGGUUGGGGAUUUAAAAGGUAUGAGAUGAAUACAAAUGGUCGAAAAAAGAGGGUGUGAAUGAGAUGUUGGUCCAAAUCCAUAUGGUGGUACCUGUGAUGAUUUAUUGCUUCAUAUUCUAUUUCAUUUUUGCAAUCAUAUUCACUUUGCUGUGCCCCAGGGGAUGACAUGAUCUCAGGCGGGCAAAUCGUGUGAUAAGGGACUUCCUUAAUCAAAUUAAUGGAACAACAACAAGAAAAAGAGCACUUUAAACAUGAGGAAAACUUGGGGGAGGUGAAAUGGAGAUCCUUGUUUAUCACUGUUGAUGAUGAAGGGAUGAAGAGGUUCUGCUGCUCGUUGGCAGCUUUUCCUCAUCUCAUGGGAGUGGUUCAUCCUUUGUGUGAGGGUCGCGUGGUGAUAUAUUGACAACUGGAAGAGCCCUUAUUUCUGAAGGGAAAGGAGAGGGAGAGGUGGCAGCCAUCUUCAACGUCAUGUCCCUUCUCAUGGCUGGAAGGAAAACCUUUGUGUGCAAUAUACGUGCGGGUUGAGUCACUAUUUUGUGGGGGGGAAGUGCUGUCGAAUCGAGUUUCUUGGGAUUCAGCACUCAGUGUUGCAACACCCAUAAACCAGAGUGCAACACCCACCACCUCCUCGUUAAUCUCAUUAGUUUUGGCGUGGGUGUGGAACACGUCCCCAGGGAGUUUUGUGGUGCUUUCCGCAGCCUGUCCAGGGCCUGCCAGCCUGUCAGGUGCUGGCGGAGAUGAAAUUGCCCGUUUUGAGAUCUAAAUCUCACGUACUGUGAGGUAUUGAUGUCCUUCUCUUGAAACGUGGAGGGAGGUCUGUGUGGGAAGGAGGACAGUAGAGUGAGGAGGGAGGCCUGGCCUUCACCUCAAAUGGCGGCCAUCAUGGCGGCUUGGUUGCCAUGGUGACAGGGAUGGGGCGAGGGAGGAGGGGGGAGAGGAAGCCCUACAAAAUGGUGCCCAGAGCCCUGGGAAUGCAUCAGACCAUCAUGUUGGCAUUCAAACCUACUCACAGCACCCCGGGCUUCGAUCUCCAUUUAAUUAAACCCCAUUAAUCCCCUCUCCACAGCAGAGGAGGCCCCACAAGCCAAAGGGCACUCGUGGGCCACAGGUGGUGGAUGCUGUAAUCCAUUGCAGGAGAUGAAAAGCAAGAGAAAAAGCAAAAAAAUAUAUAGGCUCUGACAUGCUCAAACCAAGUAGGCUGCACGACAGUGUUCUGAUAUGGGGAGAAGCAAUGUCCUUGGAGAAACAAGGAGCUGCAACUGACACGGAGCUGUGUUGUGCCCGUUGCUUGGAUAAAGGAGAAAAAAAAAACAAAAAACCCAAC